UUUUAGUUUUCAUUCGAAUCUCGGCCGAUCAAGUCGAAUCAAUAGAUCGAUUUCUCAAAAGUACAAUUUAUUAUUAAAUUAUUCCCCCACUACGAUAUACCUGUUUAUUGAAUUAUUAAAAAUUCUUAAGUGUUUUAAUUUCAAAAACAAUAAAGAAAAACAAAACAAGUUUCAAUGCGCUUUCAACUAGUUUCUGUCAUUGCGCUAGUCGCUUUUGUAUCAUCUGUCUAUUGCGGUUGCGAUAGGUCAGGUGAGGUGAAACCCUCCGAAGAUGGUGAUGUGACACAAUUCUUCAAAAAUCUCGGCUGUGAUAUUAAAAAAGGUGCCGACAAAGUCUCCGAAUCAGCUAAACCAUAUAUUGAUGAUUUGAAAAAAGGUGCCGAAAAGGUUUCGGAAUCAGCAAAACCUUAUAUCGAUGAAAUUGGAAAAUCAGCUAAAAAAUUCGGUGGUACUGUUGCUGAUCGUUUUAAUGAUUUGAAGGAGAAGAUUAAUGGCAAUCCGGAAAAUGCUACAAUUGUUCCUGAAACUUCAUCAAAUUCAUCACUAUUUUCGUCAGCAGAUGUCAAAGCUGUUGAUGAAUCUUCAUCAUUAGGACGAGAUUUGUCAUCAUCAACAACACAAGGUCCAUUAUCAUCAUCAUCAAUUCUUCCGGAUAUCGAUGAUCGUAUUCUUUUGGAUAUCGACGAACCAAAGUGUCCCGAGAAUACAAAGAACGAUGGCAGAGGACAUUGUCGCACAGUUGGACGAUAAGCUUAUUACAUGUGUAAAUAAUUACAUUGUGAUUUUUUUUUUAUAAUAAUUUUAUGCUAUAAUCAUCUUACAAAAAAAAAACGAAAAUAAUAAAAAUAAACCUUUUACCCAUCAA